AUGACUUCCCCGCACACCUCCAGGCAAGGCCUAACUAGGCUGGGCUCAAGACGUCACCAGGAUCCGGAAAUUACAGAAAAAGACCCGAUUGAUUCUCAAAGAUUAAGAGAACUAAAUCACAACGACAUUUCACAGCCCAAAAGCGCCGAGGCUCCGGUGAAGGUCGAUUUUCGCAAGAAAGUCGCGUCUCGCAAAAAGUUGCCUCACCGUAUUUAUACGUGUCCCUUUCGGCACUAUGGUUGCACAAAUAACUUUCCCACGAAAAACGAGUGGAAACGCCACGUUGCCAUCCAGCAUCUACAACUAGGUUUCUAUCGCUGCGAUGUCGGCCGCUGUGGCCUCGUAGAGCGGCCCGAGCCAUUGUCAGAGCCAAGACGAGUGCAAUUUAGCGAUUUCAAUCGCAAGGAUUUAUUCAUCCAGCACCAGCGUCGGAUACAUGCGCCGUGGUUAUCGGAACCCAAGGACAAACGUUCGGUCUCUGAGGAUGAACGCGCAGCGUAUGAAUCGAGUCUCGAGGAUGUCUGGAAACGGUGCUGGAUCCAGACGCGUCUGGCUCCUCAGGCAAGUCGGUGCGGGUUCUGUGGUCGGGAAUUCAGAGGUGACGGGAGCUGGUCCGAGAGAAUGGAGCACGUUUCGCGACAUAUUGAGAAAGGUGAUCCGGGGCCUGAGGAAGAGGAUCCUUUCCUUCGCGAGUGGGCGCUCGAGCAGGGGUUCGUUCGAUGGGUGGAUGGGGCAUGGAAACUGACAAGUCUACCUCGAACUGGCGCCCCUGGUGCUUCACCAGACCAACCAGGCAGUGGAGAAGCUGACUCACCGGAAGAGGGACAGUUUAGACAGGCCAUCCCGCGUCCUGAAAGGCCUGAGACUAACUUGGACAGUCCACGUAACUUGAGAUCAAAUGUUGUGGUGGUAGAGAACAUAGGUCCACAACAACAACUCAUGAACGAGUUAGAAACUCAUAGCCGAUCUCAUCCCCGAGAUCCUCGACACAUGCAUCAACCGUCCAAUGGCCUUGAUCGGCUACACAAAGAAGAUGCAAAGAUUCAGAGGCGGCAGUCCGACCCUGUUGCUUGGCCUCCGGGCAAUAGGAAUGGAGUGCCAACGGAUUCAGGCUAUGGAGCACAGAUCAUCCAAUCUAGGCCGAUGUUGGCUCCCAAACCCGCACAUGGCGGAUGGAGGCCGGUGAAUCCAUAUCCAGUUAUUACAGGAUACCCGGGUACAUCGUCAAUUCCCUCAGCUAAUGACGGAUUCAUAUCUACAUUUACCGACGCUCUCCUGAGAAGCGUUUUCACCAAUCAACGCUACUGGGACGUCAAAACGAAGUCUUUGGAAAGAAUUACCGAACUGUUGCAAGCAUUUGCUGAUAAACUCGGAUACGACACAACUUCCGAGUCCUUCCUCGACAUUAGGUAUUACAUUCAUAAAAAACGAAAUGAUAUUGCCGAAUGUAUAUGGGAGAGGUAUCCGGAGGAUAUUAUUUCUCGGAAUGCCCGUGUCGAUGAUACCGAAAAGACGUCUAUGCAGGAGAGGGCACGGCCUUGGCUUCACUUGGAGACUCAGGCCAAAAGCCAAGACAUUGCGCACCAAAAUGGUAACACUGUAGACGGCCCUGAGGAUAGUGAAUCGCAGGAGAGUUCUUCUGAAGAGGAAGAUAACGACACCAUGUCACGCCGGCUUGUACGGUAUCUGGACUCCAUUCUGAGAUCCCCAGCGUAUCAGUGGCUGGUUGACAGUUUUCAAAAGAGCAUCUCGUUAGGCUUCCUUGAGAAACAGUCUAUGAGCGAUAUUGCGGCUGCGGUAUUACAAUCGUUCCCCCCAUCGCCCCCAGUUAGCAGGAAAACUGGCGCAGAAGCUGUCAAGGCCUCCUUUGUCAUGGAAUGGAGCCCUAUCGCGUUUUUCAAGGGGCAGAGAUACGACGGACGAGCGGACGUAAUUUUUGAUAAAGUUCUUACUCUAACCGGAUCUCUAGAUGACAUUCAAGCCAUGACCUGUGGGGAGUAUAUGCGCCAAACAUGGCCAACAACUGGGAUGCACAUCGUGGCUGCCAUCAAGAAAGCACUUUCAGCUAAUCAAGCAGGGUCAAAUGAAUGCGAAUUGCCCGGGGGUACAACUGUUAAUCUGCGAAUCAAGAAUUUCACGGUAACCGUCAAAGCCAUUGGAACACGAGCGUCUGUUGCAGAGGUAGCAGAACAAUUCGCUUGGCUAGGCGCUACACUGAGAGCAUCCUUGAAUGAUCACGGCGUAGCUGUCUGCCGACCGAAAAUUAAAUCCGUGCACGGAUCUAGAUCCAGUUCUUCCGAUGAGGGUCUGAAGGUCACUUCCAGCCUUCAAUUUCACAUUGGCUUUAAUGUCAACGAGGGUGAUCUAAACGAGAAGCCAAGAAAUGGCCGGUGUUGGCACAAUAUCUUCAGGAAUCCCGUGGUUGCUGAAGGGUUUCCCAUACGAACUCGGCACAUGCCAAACAUUGGAAUGGAAUCGUCGCUGGACGUGCUGGGUGCACUCGUCCCCAGCCGUCGACUGACUAUUUUUGGAAACAAGCUCUACAUCAAGGGGUUUUCUACUGUCUUGGUUCCCACAAAGGUUAUUGGAGACAUAGUAGUCUGGCACAUGGUGUUUGAUAAAAAUGGUGGCUAUAUCUCCUACGUUGACCCCGAGAUUGAGGCACUGCCUGGCUUGUACCCUGCGAACAUAUCAGAAUGCAGUCUCGACUCAUUUAGGCACGUUCUCGGCUGGUGCCCUGAGGUUGAACUGCUAACAGGUGCUCCAGAAGCAAAUUACAGCAUUGACUGGUCUAACUUUCGCAUCGCCGGGCGCGGCUGUGGACUUUUUGCUGUCAGGGUACACCCAGGAAAGCUCAUUUCGAAUCCGAACGUGGUGGCUUUAGGUGAAAGGGACAAAGCUGUCCAUACAAGAGAAGACUACGCUGAACAGAUCCAAUGGAUAUCAAAGCGGUGGGUUGUUUUGUACGACGCGGAAACUAAGCGCUCAUGGCUUGUUGACGGUGCAAGCGCACUGCUGCACUUGGUUCGGGCAUCUCUUAAAGAGGAUGAGGCCUAUCAGGUCGAUGACGAUCUCAUAUACAGCCCACAGAAUCUGCAAAAACUACCCCCUACCACCAUCGGGCGUGAAGCAGCCCGUAAGACUCUCACGAGUGCUGCGAACGCCAAAGUCAAGAUAUACGCUAGCAGUGGUCAAACGUUCCGGGAUCGAGUGGACCGAGUCUUUCACAUUUUGGAGCAGAUCUUUGCGCAUCAAGAUAAGCUUAACAGAGAACGAGCUGCAAUAGCUGGAUUCAGUGGGCUCGCUCGUGAAAGCCUGGAGGGAUUCGAUUUCAUGGAUGUGGCAAUGAACAAUCCUGAGGUCCAUGCUCGAGUACAUGCAGAUCAAAACUACAGUCCCAGCUGGCUAUUUCUGAUGAAUAAAAUUGGUGCCAUCAUUCUUUUUGGUAGGAACUUCAAGGAUCUGAUCAUACCAAAGGGGGACAAAAAAGUUUGCGCAGCAUGGACCGAGGUGCCCGCAGGUGCGGACUAUCUUACUGUUUCUGCAGCAGAUCUCAAGGACAUCAUGGAAAAGCAAGGAAACCCCAACACGUCUCCAAUGAAGCUAGUGAAUGAUGUAUACUGGCAGCCCUCUGAUUCGAUAUACGACCCCUGCCCUGGCGACAAGGCCACAGAGGAGACAUGCAACCAUACGCAAACACUUUUAUACAUACGUGACAGUAGUCGAGUUGACACUGACCCUAAAAAUACGAAAGAACUGCCUUCUGAGGGCGCGGUCAUCUUCAAGGCGCAGUGGGGAGGCGACAAGCCGAAAGUGGAAGAUCCGCCUCCUCCUAUCACCAGCCCGCAGCCCGUGCCUCCAGUCAUGCAAAAUGGGCCACCUAUUAACGAUAGUCGAGUCAUUCUGAAUGCACCCUCGGAGUCUCCUGGAAUGGUCUCCAGGCGAAAUGGGAUACAGCAGAAACGACCGGCUUCCGAUCAAGAGCAAGAACAAUUUGCCAAACGCCCUCGUCAAGCGGCUCCCUUUCGCAGCAUUCGGCCCUUGGUGCCAUCUCCACCUAAGUACGCGACUCCGCCAUUGGCCAAUCACCCUGUUCCGUAUGGGGUAAGGAGUGCACCUCCCCCGCAACCCAGGUACCAUCCGGAGCAAAGACCACCUGUCAUGCGCCCGACUCCUCGCCCUCAAGCCUAUGAGCCUCCUCCUCCUGUUGUUCUGCGUGAGGAAGAUUACACCGUAGGAUGGAUAUGUGCUCUUCCCGUGGAGCUCAGUGCUUCGCGGAGGAUGUUGGAUAGAUUGCACGACGUGGGUUUUGGUCCCGGAACAGACGACAAUCUUUACAUUCUAGGCCAGAUCCGCCAAUUAAACGUUGUCAUUGCCUGCCUCCCCAUGGGCCAAGCUGGGGCGAACAUGGCAGGAAUGGUAGCAACUCGGAUGUUGCAAAAGUUCCCAAAGAUCGAGAUUGGUCUGCUAGUCGGGAUAGGCGGCGGUCUUCCUAGCCCCAAGCAGGACAUCCGUUUGGGAGAUAUUGUGGUCAGCAAGCCACAUCUGCAGCAUGGUGGUGUUGCUCAAUACGACCUGGGGAGGGCUACAAGAACUGGAUUCGUUGAAACUGGAAGCACCAAAGCGCCAUCAGAGAAACUUCUCCUAGCGCUGAGCAUGAUGGCAUCUCGCCCAAACAUUCUUAGCAACAAAAUGAUCAUCCCCCGUCCUCCCACCGACACAGAUCGCCUAUACAACACAUCAUACGUACAUAACCCCGACCACCCAACCUGCGAUUCAUGCGACAAGGACCAACUUGUACCCUGGAGACACCCACGGCCCGACCUGCGACCACGCAUUUUCUAUGGAACAAUCGCAUCCGGAGUCUCUGUGAUCAACGAUCCACAGACCCGGGAAACACUGAUAACGAAACACCAAGUCAUUUGCUGCGAGAUGGAAGCUGCAGGGCUGAUGGAUACGGAAUUUCCCUGUAUUGUGAUCAAGGGAGUAGCGGACUACGCGGACUCUCACAAAUCGGAGACGUGGCAGGAGGUUGCGGCUGAGGCGGCGGCGCUAUAUGCGAGGGAUUUCCUCUGUUCUAUCCCGGGGCGGCUGUCGUUUUUGAAGUAG